AUGGCGCAGAAGCGGAAGAGCAUCGACGUCGUCGAGGACUGCGGCGGCCACGCGCCCGCCGCCAUGUGCGCGAACGGGUGCGGGUUCUUCGGCAACGCCGCGACCGGCGGCAUGUGCUCCAAGUGCUACCGCGAGCACGCCGCCGGCGCCACGGCGACGUCUACCACUACCACCACCGCUGAGAAGAAGACGCAGGAUGUUUUCGAGACGCCGGCUCCGGCGGAGAAGAAGGCCAAGAUCGCGUGCGCCACCGCCGCCGUCGCGUCGUCGAUGUCGUCCCCUGACGGCGGCGCCGAUGCAGCCGCGGCCCAGCCAUCGUCCACGGAGCCGCAGACGGUGGGUCCCCCGAAGCCGGCGGCGAACCGAUGCUCGGCGUGCCGCAAGAAGGUGGGCCUGCUGGGGUUCCGGUGCUGCUGCGGGGAGACCUUCUGCGGCGCGCACCGGUACGCGGAGAAGCACGCCUGCGGCUUCGACUACAAGCGCGCCGGCCGCGAGCUGAUCGCCAAGAACAACCCGGUCGUGGUCGCCGACAAGAUCUCCAAGAUUUGA